AUGGUGUCCAAGAUUAUUGUUAUCCUUUUCCAAAAUUUCCUUUCUCUAGUACUUGAACAUUCAAGAGCACAAUCUUGGAUUCAAGCUGGAUACCGCCAUUGUCAGCCUAAAGAACCCAUCAAUCUCCGCCCUUUUUCGAUUGGGGUUGAGAAGGCAAACUACUCGGUCAUCUCAACCUUUUUGAGCAACUCAUCUUACAGAAAGUCUUUCUAUGAUUCUUCAAUAAAAGCUGCCAGGCUUUAUGGUUUCCAAGGACUGGACUUUCCUUGGGGCAAUGCAAGCACAACCCCGGACAUGACAAACAAGGGCACCCUAUUCGAAGAGUGGAGAGCUGCUGUGAAUUCUGAGGCUAGAAACAUAAGCCAUGCACAACUUAUGUUGACUGCUGCUGUCAAAUCCUCACCAGAUGUGGGUGGAAUUGCUUCUUUGCCCGUAGAAUCAAUUCUCCGCAAUCUGGAUUGGAUACUUGGUAUGCCUUAUGGGUACCAUAGUCCAAAAGAUAACUUUACUGGUGCUUAUGCUGCUUAUGUUGCUUUACAUAACCCAUCAAGCCAAUCAAUUAUAAAGUAUAGCUUCAAUUAA